GCGUAAAAUGCAGAUGAGCAAAGUGAGUGGGUGUGUGAAAUCGUUUGUAACAAAAACCUAUUAUUUACAGAUGAGAAAUUUAUAUUGUCAGCGUAAUAUCUGUGAGGCUAAGCAGAGCUGAAGAGUAUAUAAAAGCAGUGCGCUUUGGUGCAGAAGAACAGAGCUCAGGACCCAGAGUGCUUCCAGAGUUCUGAGAGGUUCCCUCUCCACUUGCUCUGUUUCAGGUCACAGUAUCACAAGGCAGCAGAAAUGAAAAGCAUUUACAUUGUGGCUGGAUUGUUUGUAAUGCUGGUACAAGGCAGCUGGCAACGUUCCCUUCAAGACACUGAGGAGAAAUACAGAUCAAUCCCAGCUUCCCAGACAGACCCACUCAAUGAUCCGGAUCAGAUGACUGAAGACAAACGCCAUUCCCAGGGCACAUUCACCAGUGACUACAGCAAGUACUUGGACUCCAGACGUGCUCAGGAUUUCGUGCAGUGGUUGAUGAACACCAAAAGGAACAGGAAUAACAUUGCCAAACGUAAUGAUAAAUUUGAGAGACAUGCUGAAGGGACCUUUACCAGUGAUGUAAGUUCUUAUUUGGAAGGCCAAGCUGCCAAGGAAUUCAUUGCUUGGCUGGUGAAAGGCCGAGGAAGGCGAGAUUUCCCAGAAGAAGUCACCAUUGUUGAAGAACUUCGCCGCAGACAUGCUGAUGGAUCUUUCUCUGAUGAGAUGAACACUGUUCUUGAUAAUCUUGCCACUCGAGAAUUUAUAAACUGGUUGCUUCAGACGAAAAUUACUGACAGGAAGUAAGUUAUGUCGCCAUUCAAGACCAUCUUCAUAACAUCACCUGCUAGCCACUCGGGAUGUUUGAAAUGCUAAGUUCUGUAAACUUAAGAGACGUAUUUUGAAGCCAUAUUACUUUGCAUGCCAAUAAAUGAAUUUUCUUUUAGUGUUCUGUAGCCAAAAGAUUUUAAAUGGAAUAAACUAUUGUGAAAAGAUUGCUAAAAUAUCAGCUUUAAAAUACGGAAAUGCUAUAUUAUUUUCUUCUCAUUUUUGAUGAAGUACCCUAACCUAUUUGCAUUUAGCCAUGAAAUUAUUUUUCUAUAUCAAUUUGUACAUAUUAAUAAUAUCUGCAUUAUAAUGUAGAAGGGAAAGACUGGUAGCCACAGUGGUGAAACUAGAAAGAAAACUUCAUUCUUGGAACAAUUGUUAUAAACAUGCUCGCUUUUCAAUGUAUCAAAGUUAGAGGUAAAUAAAAUGUUCAAGCU